AUGUCAAUCCAACUGCUUGCUCUCAAGAGCGCUGUGCAACUCUUGCAAGAGUGGACGCCCACACUCAGAUUCGGGUUGUCCGCUGGCGCAUCCUCGUCCGCCGCCGCUUCGACCUCCAAGGCGACGGCCGCGCGCCCCUCGAAGCUCGCAAAAGAACACAACCUCACAGCGGAGGAGGAGGCCGAGAUCCGCGAAGCCUUCUCGCUCUUCGCCGAGCCCAUGGAAGGCGAAAAAGAAGGCGUCAUCCCCAUCGGCGACGUUAGACGCGCACUGAUCGCCCUCGGCAUCCCCGCCAGCAGCCCCGCCCAACUAGCCACCUUCACGGCGACGCUCGACCCAGACGACGAAGGGUUCGCCACGUACGGCGCCUUCCUCGGCAUCUGCGCGCUGCAGCUGCAGGCGCGCCGGCGCGACGACGACGAGGAAGCGCACCGGGCCGAGCUCGACGAGGCGUACGCGCUGUUUGCCGGCGGCGACGCCGACGCGCCCGCCAUCACGCUCGAGCAUCUGAGGAAAGUCGCCGCGCUGCUGCGGCUGGAUCAGCCUGCGCACGGCGGGAGCGGUGAAGGUGGUGGCGGUGGUGGUGGUGGUAAUAAGAAAGAGGGGGACGGGCUGGUGACGGAGGAGGUGCUGCGGGAUAUGAUUCUGGAGGCGAACGGAGGUGCCGGGGUGGGGAAGGGGGUUGCCAAGGACGAGUUUGACCGGGUCAUGAGGAGGGCGGGCGUUUGGCGGUGA